CCGCAGGAACCGGGGCGCCGAGGCCUCUGCAGCCCGCGGCCGGCCCGAGGCUUACAUAACGGGCCGCGAGGCGCGCUCUCGCGAGGUUUCCACCGCCCCCCUCUUCGUUCCACGUCAGAGGGAACCGGGCGGAGCGGCCAACAUGGCGGAACGCAGGCGGCACAAGAAGCGGAUCCAGGAAGUUGGUGAGCCAUCCAAAGAAGAGAAGGCUGUAGCCAAGUAUCUUCGAUUCAACUGUCCAACAAAGUCCACCAAUAUGAUGGGUCACCGGGUUGAUUAUUUUAUUGCUUCAAAAGCAGUGGAUUGCCUUUUGGAUUCAAAGUGGGCAAAGGCCAAGAAAGGAGAGGAAGCUUUAUUUACAACCAGGGAGUCUGUGGUUGACUACUGCAACAGGUUAUUAAAGAAGCAGUUUUUUCACCGGGCUUUGAAAGUAAUGAAAAUGAAGUAUGAUAAAGACAUAAAGAAAGAAAAAGAUAAAGGGAAAGCUGAAAGUGGAAAAGAAGAAGAUAAAAAGAGCAAGAAAGAAAAUGCAAAAGAUGAGAAGACAAAAAAGGAAAAAGAGAAAAAAAAAGAUGGUGAAAAAGAAGAAUCCAAAAAGGAGGAAACUCCAGGAACUCCCAAAAAGAAGGAAACUAAAAAAAAGUUCAAACUUGAGCCACAUGAUGACCAAGUUUUUCUGGAUGGAAACGAGGUGUAUGUCUGGAUCUAUGACCCAGUUCACUUUAAAACAUUUGUCAUGGGAUUAAUUCUUGUGAUUGCAGUAAUAGCGGCCACGCUUUUUCCUCUUUGGCCAGCAGAGAUGAGAGUGGGUGUUUAUUACCUCAGUGUGGGCGCAGGCUGUUUUGUAGCCAGCAUUCUUCUCCUGGCUGUUGCUCGUUGCAUUCUGUUUCUCAUCAUCUGGCUCAUAACUGGAGGAAGGCACCACUUCUGGUUCUUGCCCAAUCUGACUGCGGACGUGGGCUUCAUCGACUCCUUCAGGCCUCUGUACACACAUGAGUAUAAAGGACCAAAAGCAGACUUGAAAAGAGACGAGAAAUCUGAAACGAAAAAACAGCAGAAGUCUGACAGCGAGGAAAAGUCAGACAGUGAGAAAAAAGAAGAGGAGGAAGGAAAAGUAGGAGCAGGCCAUCAUGGAACAGAAGGCUCAGCUGGAGAGCGGCACUCGGACACAGACAGUGACAGGAGGGAGGAUGACCGGUCCCAACACAGUAGUGGAAAUGGGAAUGAUUUUGAAAUGAUCACAAAAGAGGAACUGGAACAGCAAACAGAUGGAGAUUGUGAAGAAGAGGAGGAAGAAGACAAUGAUGAAAUACCUAAAUCUUCACGUGAAAAAUCAUAAUCUGACUAAUUAGGGGACUGAAGAAGUGCAAGAAGUUGGAUUUUCUAUGUUGGCUAAUCAUUAUAAUGUACACAUGGCAUUUGUAGCAUUCUUUAAAUCCAUUUCUAAAAUGUAUGUGACAUUUAAGCAAUUAUAUUCAGUCCUUCGUUUUAUAGAAUUUUGGUACAGUUUAAAGCCAUUAAUAAGUUUAUCCAUUUGAUAAUUAUACAGUAAGUAGAUCUCAUUCAUUUUGAUAGUUAUCAGAGAUGUACUUUACAUAAUGACGUUUAGAUUAAGGGCAUUUUUUGAUAGUUAUAUGGCUUUUUACUGUUAGACUAAUCAAAAUAACAUUAAAAAGAAUAAAGAAACUCCAGCAUUUCAGAUUUUGCAUAGUUAUGCCGCCAUUUCACAGUUCUUUGGGGGAUGAAACACUUAAACUCAUUGUUCUUGAUAGUUAAUUUUUCUGUUAUAAAAUUACACCAGGAAAUUUCAUCUUAUGAUUCUGAGUUAGCAGGGUUCAAAAGCAUUCUGUGCAAACAAGCCAACUAGUAACAACACAACAGCACUUUUAGUUAGCUACAGAUUCUCCUCCAACGUAGGAAAUCCAAACUGAUUUGUACAUCUGAUUCAGAGGAAGGUGGUCAUCUCCAACAGAAGUCACGACCAGCAUUGUUGGAAGGUGUUGGCUCUUCUUCCUUCCCCAUCUCUGUGUCGUGACAUGAAAUGUAUUCUGUACAUAAUUUACAAAGAAAACAAGCAUUUUAUUUUAAUUCUUAUUAUUUAGGCAUUUUUCAACACUUAAAUUUGUAAAAUUAAGUCCAUGUAAGAGUAUGUUUUUAGAAAAAUGGAAGUUUCAGUAACCCACAGAACGUUUGUGAUCUUUCUACAGCAGCUUCAGUUUUGUGCCAACAUUCCAUGUAUUUGAGUAAAAACUGAUCCUUAUUAAACAAGAGCAGACUUAAAGUAGCUGUGUGUACGCCUUAAUGUUCUUUUGACUUAUUUUGAAUCUCUACAUUCAGAAAUGAGGUACUGUAUUAUCAGACCAGAAGGCACUGCUGUGAAAGAUAAUUUACUGUUCUAAACUAUCAAUUUAAAAUAAAGAAUAUAAAAGAAAACCUAUAAGAGAA